AUAGAUUUUAUAUGCUUUGCCAGUCAGAUGAGUACAGAUGGCAAGCAGCACUGAGGUGCCAUACUUUCAUACAACGAUGGAAAAUGUUACUGAUUUUGAAAUCUAUUAUGACUAUGAGUUAAAUGGCACAGAAGUUACUGCAGUGAAGGAGCAUCCUCUUUCCAUGUCUCACAUCUAUCUCCCAAUGUUGUAUUUCAUCAUGUUCUUUGCUGGAUUCACUGGGAACCUGUUUGUCAUCAUAGUCAUUGGUAAUAGGCACAAGAAGAAUGCACGACUGGUAGAUACCUUUGUGCUAAAUCUUGCUGUAGCAGACCUGGUGUUUGUUUUCACUUUGCCCUUAUGGGCCAUUGCAGCUGGGCAGCAUGAUCAUUGGCCAUUUGGGGCACUCCUGUGCAAGAUCAGCAGUUAUGUCAUCACCGUCAAUCGUUUUUCCAACAUUUUCUUUCUGACAUGUAUGAGUGUGGACCGCUACCUUGCCAUAGUGCGCCUUAUGGACUCCCACUUUCUCCGAAGCAGCAAAUGCAUACAUCUCACCUGUGGAGUGGUAUGGGGAUCAUCGCUGAUCCUGGGUACACCUUCACUGGUUUAUCGAAAGCUGAAUGGUGAAAGUGGCUCUUGUAUAGAUGACCUGGAGUCCUCCUUCUUCCAAGGAAUGAUUCUGUUGACAGUCUUUCUGACCUUUGUGCUUCCCGUCCUAAUUAUCCUCCUGUGUUAUGGCUCAAUCAUGGUCAAACUGGAGCACCACUGUGUCACUGCUGGAAAUUCACGUGCUGAAGCCCGAUGUCGCCACUCGCUUAAAAUUGUUUUCACUAUCAUUAUAGUCUUUCUGGUAUCUUGGCUGCCCUACAAUGUGCUAAGAACAAUUCAAGUCAUCUUCAAAAUCAGCAACGGCAAGCUGAAUUAUGACACCUACUUGGUUUUGGCUAGUGGGCUCAUCAUCUCCUCCUGCCUUGCCUUCCUGAACAGUUGUUUGAAUCCAGCCAUUUACUUGUUCCUGGAUAGGCAUUUCAGACGCAGUGCAGCUGCACAGUGCAAAUCCUGCAUGAGCAAGGGGGAUAUACAGCAGAUUAACAUGUCCUCUAACUCAACUGCUUCGAAUGCCAUCUCAGAGAGCCAGGGAAGCACUGGAAUUCGAGGCCAAAACAUCUCCCUCACUCAGAAGAAGUGAUCUCUUCUCAGCCACAUCUGUCUACAGGUUACACAAGUUAUACUUAAAUAUAUUUUGAUAUAUUAUUUUUAUGAAUGCAUUAAAAUAUUAUAAUUGCAGCAGGAUAUGUUAAUGUCAUUUCAUAGCAUUAUGUUUGUGGUUACUCUAAUUUGUAACAAAACUUUCUUGGCUUUGCUUGAAAAUAGUAAAAUCUUUAAUUAUUGUUUCUUAUCUAUCUAUUUUAUAAAUAUUUACUGUUAAUUGCUGUUUGUGUCAUUUUAAUUUUCAUGUUUAUAAAGGGUAUAUGUGUAUUUGUGGCAUAAAAAUAUUUUCACCAUUUUAGUCCAGUUUGGCCAUGUUAUAGAUUUAGAGAAGCCAAUAGGAUUUUUUAUUAAAUGUGCUGUUUUGCUUAACAGAAUCUGUUCCCGAAUGUUAGGAAAUGCACCCAGUUGUGUCUUUAACUGCUUUAGAUAAAUCAGUGCUUAAACUGCUUAUUACUGAUUUUAGGAUAACAUAGAAAACAUAAUU